AUGUAUGGGUUGGUAAUUCAAGUCGCUCUUCUGUUAUCCUUAGCGACAUUUAUACAAGGCAAUUGUGUGCACAAUGGAAUAACCUAUGAAGGAGGAGAACAUUUUCAAAUAAGGUGUAACAAUUGUCAUUGUAAUCAAAAUGGAGGUGUAGGCUGUACCAGAAGGUUUUGUAUUCCAUCAAGUCAAGAUUGUGAAAUUGAUGGAAAGGUGUACUACAAUGGUGAAAGAUAUAAAGAUGACUGUAAUACUUGUACAUGCGUUGAUGGUAAUUCUGUCUGCACAAAAAUAGACUGUCAGCCAAAUUGUAAAGUUGAUGGAAAGGUGUACUACAAUGGUGAAAGAUAUAAAGAUGACUGUAAUACUUGUACAUGCGUUGAUGGUAAUUCUGUCUGCACAGAAAUAGACUGUCAGCCAAGCACAUGUGAGCACAAUGGAAUAAAGUAUGAAGAAGGGGAAAGCUUCCAAAUAGAGUGUAACAAAUGUCAGUGUGUAAGAGGAGGUGCAGCCUGUACCAAAAAGUAUUGUUUUCCAUCAAGUCAAGAUUGUAAAAUUGAUGGAAAGGUGUACUACAAUGGUGAAAGAUAUAAAGAUGACUGUAAUACUUGUACAUGCGUUGAUGGUGAUCCUGUCUGCACAAAAAUAGACUGUCAGCCAAGCACAUGUCAGCACAUUGGAAUAAAGUAUGAAGAAGGGGAAAGCUUCCAAAUAGAGUGUAACAAAUGUCAGUGUGUAAGAGGAGGUGCAGCCUGUACCAAAAAGUCUUGUUUUCCAUCAAGUCAAGAUUGUAAAAUUGAUGGAAAGGUGUACUACAAUGGUGAAAGAUAUAAAGAUGACUGUAAUACUUGUACAUGCGUUGAUGGUGAUCCUGUCUGCACAAAAAUAGACUGUCAGCCAAGCACAUGUGAGCACAAUGGAAUAAAGUAUGAAGAAGGGGAAAGCUUCCAAAUAGAGUGUAACAAAUGUCAGUGUGUAAGAGGAGGUGCAGCCUGUACCAAAAAGUAUUGUUUUCCAUCAAGUCAAGAUUGUAAAAUUGAUGGAAAGGUGUACUACAAUGGUGAAAGAUAUAAAGAUGACUGUAAUACUUGUACAUGCGUUGAUGGUGAUCCUGUCUGCACAAAAAUAGACUGUCAGCCAAGCACAUGUAAACACAAUGGGAUAAAGUAUAAAGAAGGGGAAGGCUUCCAAAUAGAGUGUAACAAAUGUCAGUGUGUAAGAGGAGGUGCAGCCUGUACCAAAAAGUAUUGUUUUCCAUCAGGUCAAGACAUGGAUUCUUCGUUUGUGGUUUUCUAUUUUCAUUUUCUUGGACUUUUUGAUAUAUUCAAUAUCCACAGAUAUACACCGUUUGACCCACAACAGAUGCGAAUGAGAUCUAAAGAAGACAGUUAUUUAAGUAAUGGGCCUGUGUUUUGAUUGUAGUCUGUAAUAACAAGAAUCAAGACAGCGUGUUAUUAUCUUUAUUCAAAAAAUAAAGUUGUUUCCAUCUG